AUGACCGUAUUUGAGUUUGCAGACAAGUACAGAGGAUCUUACACGGACAGCAUUGGGGAAGGAGCAUGCCCUUUUUAUUGUGAUUUCAGUGGUUAUCAUGAUGAAUUGCUUUGGGCAGCUGCUUGGCUACACAAAGCCACAAAAAGCCAUGUCCACUGGAACUACCUCGUACAGAACAUGAACAACUUCAAACCACAUAUUGAAGGUAGCAUGUUUGAAUUUGGUUGGGAUGCUAAGCAUGCUGGAAUUAAUAUUCUUGUUUCCAAGUACGUCGUAAAUCGUAGUUUGGAAGCUACAACCCCUUUUCUCUUCUACGCAGACAGCUUCGUAUGUUCUGUGUUGCCCGAAUCUCCCACCAAAAUAGUGAACUUUUCUCCUGGUGGGCUUUUGGUAAAAGAAGGCGUGUGCAAUAUGCAACACACGACCGCAAUUUCGUUUCUACUAUUAGCGUACGCCCGCUACUUGAAAAACUCCAACCACGUAGUACGCUGCAAUAAUAACGUGAUCAUCACUCCGAAGCGGCUCAUUCAUUUCACAAGAAAUCAGGUGAACUAUAUAUUAGGUGAUAAUCCAAUGUCAAUGUCAUAUAUGGUGGGAUAUGGAAAAAAAUAUCCACAACGGAUUCACCAUAGGGCCUCUUCAUUGCCUUCAAUAGUUGCAAAGCCAGAGCAUAUUGAGUGCAAGGGUGGUACGCCCUAUUUCUUGAGUGGUGCCCCGAAUCCGAAUAUGCUGACCGGGGCAGUGGUGGGUGGGCCCGAUACCGAUGACACGUAUGCGGAUGAUCGUGUUGACGCAACAAAAUCGGAGCCCACUACUUAUGUGAAUGCACCUCUUGUGGGCCUACUGGCUUACUUCAAUGCACAUUCUUGA